GACCCAAAGUGCUUCAGUUUCAGUUUCAGUUCUCUUCCUGCUGCAGCAUUUCUGAGAAGUCACACUGCAGCCUCCACCCAGUCAGGGUGGAGGGUGGAGCUCUGCUAUAAGACUGCUGUGAGGCUACUGGCCAAGUACUUCAUGUGAGCUCAGCCGACGGAGACGAGAGACGAGGAGGACAAAGAGACAGCAGCCCACCAUGUUCCUGCUCCUGUUCCUGCUGUUUGUUCUGUCUGAAGCAGCUUCUGCCUCCAGUGUGGAGACAGAUGAUGUUCUUCAAGUGAGACCUGGAGGUGAAGUCACUCUUCCAUGUAAUACCACUGAGGCCUCCAUCAGAGCUGUGCAGUGGACCAGAGAUGACCUGGAGCCAUCAGAGUACGUCCUCUUGUACAGAGAUGGAGGCUUGGAUGCAAAGCGCCAGCAUUCGUCCUAUCAGGGACGGGUGGAGCUGCUGUACAGUCAGCUGAAGACUGGAAAUGUGUCUUUAAUCCUGAAGAAUGUGAGCAGCAGUGACAAUGGAACAUACAAGUGUCGAGUUGCAGCAGGAGGUUCAAGACGUAAGAGAGCCCUCAUUGACACUGAGCCAAUCAGACUCAUCAGUCUGGAGGUCACAGGUUCAGAUUCCCAGAAGGCAGACAACAUGCACGGAGACCAGACCAGCGACAGUCCAGAGGGAAUCCACGCUCGUGGACAUGCUGGACUGGCAGCAGGUGUUCUGGUGCCGCUUGCUGUUGGUGUUGUUGGUGUUGUGAUGUUUCUCAGGACACGCAGAAGACAUGAAGCAGUCACAGAUCAUCUUUACACCUGAUCACACACAUCACCUGUACUCUGAAGUGAACUGAAUAUUGCUCAGGGAGCCGGUCUCGUUGAUGGGGGACAGGAGUGAUGCGUUGCCGGGGCCGAGUGCGGGUGGGAAUUUUGAUGGCGGUUUAAUGACUUUGCUGAAAUGCCAAAGAGAAGGGUGUUCCAGUCAUCAGGCCUGGAGGUUAUCAAUGCAUGGAUGAGAGUCUCAGCAGUGGUGGGUUGAGUGAGGCAGAGUGUGGAAAUGUUUUAUUUCUGAGUAUUUCUGAGUGUGUUCCUCAUAUUUCUGAUCCUGUAACUCUGAUUCCAGUGCUGUUCUUGUCCCUGCUGUUGUAACGCUGCACCUUCUCCUUUGUGGGACAAAUCAAGGUUUUCUUAUCGUAUCUGAUCUUAAUCAGAACCAGAAUCAGAAUCAGAAUUCUGAUCUUAUCUUAAUAAAUCCCAGUGAGACCCACUUAUAGAAGAAAAUUAGCAAAAACUUUCUGACCUCUCAGAUAUUGUUUUAGGAGGCAUUUGAUGCAGAAAUGAAAGAUUUUUCAAAGUUUUUACAUUUUAGUAAAUAUGUAAUAUGUUUGUAAUAUAAAAUGUCGUAAUAUUAUUAUGAUUGUUAUUAUUAUAUUGUAAUGUUGGGCCCAGUUGGGAGCAGAAUUUCUCUCAAAUUCUCAGAAUCUCAUUUAAGUGUUGAUUUGCAGGGUUGAUUGCUUGCUUAGCCCAGAACAUGUAUAUAUCAGUAUAGAUAAUUGCUUAAAAGCAUUUAUUAAUACAAAUACUGUAAGAAUUUGUAUUUGCAAAACUUUCUCUUCAAUGCUGUGUCUGUUUACUUGCAGUGAUCAUCAAUAAGACCAGUAAAAAGUAAAAAAAAUUAAAAUAAAAAUUAAAUAUGUGAAUAAUACAUGUGUGUCUUAUAUUGCAGUAGAUAAACUGACUGACUGGGUGGUAGACGAGAUCUAAGCAGCCUGUUAUGUUCUCUACUUAUCGUACUGAAAGGAACACAUGAGGACUUCAGGUUCACGUUCAGACCAUCCACACCUGUCCUCACAGGACAGCACAUUCACAACUCACAACACUUUACAUUUCUGCUCCACUUAUUGUUCAGUUUGUGACCAUGUGAGAAGUGCAGUGUCCUGCUGUCCUGAUGUCCUGCUGUCCUGAUGUCCUGCUGUCCUGCUGUCCUGAUGUCCUGCUGUCCUGCUGUCCUGCUGUCCUGAUGUCCUGGUGUCCUGAUGUCCUGCUGUCCUGUGAGGAGCACACUCCAACAGACUUACAGUGUGGACAUAACAACCUCUAAGUCACAUUGGAUGAACGUUUCCAAAAUAACUAAGCAUGUAUGUGUUGUAGACAGUGUAAUCAACACAAAACAAUAUUUAAGCAAUUUGACUUUAAUCUUGACAAAUCCAGUCAUGUGACAAAAGGAGGUGAGCUCAAAGCAGGUUUUGCAGGUAGAGUGAGUCCAUGGCCAGAGGACCACAGAGCACUUCUUGUGUCCCACAGCACUGUGAGGACAAACAGCAGGAACCACUAGCUGUGUGAACGUGGUCUUGAGGAAAAAAGCAAACCUUUGCAUUUGUUAAAAGUGAUGCUGUGAUUCUGUUCCAGUGGGCUUCACGGUUUGGCUGCUCUUUUGCACAGAUUGUUUCAGCUCCUGAACUCUCGUCUUCUGUUGAUGAACACGAGGGUUUGAGACAUGAGCAGCCCACGUGAAGCUCAGCCUGCAGGGUGAAUGCUGGACUUUGUCUGUUUGAGGGUGGAUGGUGGGUCACAUGAGGUCCUGUGGAGUCAGGUUCUCAGAGAGACUUAAAGAAGGACACCUGGACGAGCUGACUGUCAGGUGGUUCACGGGACGAUUUGGGCUCUCAGAGGCGUAACGUAACGAGGAUUCAGGUGUGCUGUUGAUCCUUUUGGUCCACACCCAAAUGACGGGGAACUGGAAACCACAACACACACACACACCACACCUGAGCUGCAGGUAACCAGCAGGUGACAAACACAGCAGAGUCGCUUGUUAUGUCAGCUUUCUGUUCAGCUCAGUGAAAAAAGCUUUGAGCACAAAUCAGCUCAGUUUCUACCUUCUUUCUGUGUUUUCCAAAUGUUUUAUUACUUCAGGGAGCCUGAGAAGCUCGUUUAUCUUUUAUACUCCUGAUUUCAUGUGAACACAAACAUCCUGUGCUCUGAAUCUAAAGGGCAAUAAAAAGUACCUGAACUAACUCUGAUGUUGACUCAGGUGUUGUGUGACCUGGAACUGUAGCUGAAGGACAACACAAAGCACCUGCUGACCCUGAAGUGUCCCUGAAGGUAAACAAGUCGGCGUCAGGCUUCAUGUGCACAACGUUAACGCAGUACUGCUGCCUCGUGUUCCUGCAGGUCUGCUGUUUACUGGUUUACAACCAGAACCCACCAGACCUGAGGAGCAGGUUUCCCUGGCAGCUGCUCAGGUUUCAGCUUGUUGUCCUCAGAGACUAAAACCAGGAAGGUCACAGCCCAGUGUGACUUUCUGCUACAGAACAACCUGAAGGGGUUGGAGUCCGUCUCUUUGGCUCAACGUGGCCUCUCUGUGAUCUGAGUCAACAAAAUGUCGGGACUUUUUCAGGCUCUAAAUUUGAAUCUUAAAUGUGAGCUCGUUUGUUUGUUCCCCUCCCCCACGUCCUCCCUCUGAGUCAGGAUGUGGCUCGUUGUGGUUCUUCUUCCUCUUUCGUGUUCAAACAAGAACAAAAUGCAGCCACUCUGUUCUUCAGUCAUGUCAAUACGCACUUUUUGAGUCUGAGAGUUCGGUUAAAUCUGCUCCUGUUGGUGUCAGACUGAACUCAACUCUGUCUGUCCUCUGAACACGACGUCCGUCCUCGUGGUCAAAGACCGUCUCACCGUCUGCUUUGUGGUUUUGGACUCAUAUGACUAACGUAUGAGUUCAUGUCGUCAGAUGUUCCCCUCUGAUGAAUUUCUGAGGUAUUAACGUUGUGUUCAAAGACUCCUGACAUCAGACGCAUCUGUUGUUCCCUCUUGUUCCUGACUGUGUUUUACAAACAUGUGCUCUGGUCUGGACAGACAGACAGAUAGACAGACAGACAGACAGACAGACAGACAGACAGACUUUAUUGACAUCUAUCUGUUGUACAGAAUCGACGUAUUUGCUGUUGAAAAUUAGCUGCAUGUAACCGACAGGAAGAAGAUUAGUCGUCCUCCCCAUCAAAUGGUUUCAAAUGUCUUCUGAUUCCACUGUGGAAACUUUAGCUCAUCGUUUCAUGUCUUUGUCUGAGACUUUAGUUUUGUUUCCGUAUCGUCGUGUCCUGUUUACUGUCAAUAAGAGGACUCAGCCUUCGUCCUGUGAGCUCUCACCGUGUUUGGUCUCUUCAGUCUGUCUUUCAGUUUGUCCAUACUUCAUCAGACAAACAGGACUUUGAGCCAGAGACCAACGUCCACAAGACUCUUCAAACCAUCUGAACCCACAAAAACAUUCAGUCUGCUGCAGGAAGUAACGUUUCUCACUCAAAGGUUUUGUGUUACUUCCUGUAUUUUCUUACAAAACAGCACUUUUCUAUUUGUGUACCAUGAAAACAGGCAGUUCUGUGUAAUAUUGUUUGAGGAUCGUGCAGUUUCUGUUGCUGUGUCACAUAAUAACCCUGCAUUAGAGUUAAUCAUCAGACCAGACCGGUUUUAUCUGGCUGGAGUUUGAACAUAAACACACCCUGAGAGGAAGGAACUCAUGACUACAUGUGAUAAAACUGAACUGCUCAUAACGAAACUAAAGCAGCAAAGAGCUCAGCUGCAGUGGAAAUUCAUAUUUUAACAGAUUAAAUGUGAGGUGAGCAGUUUGAUCAUAACUGAACAACUGAAUCCUGCAGAGGAUCAGCAGCAGCUCCACAAGCACUGAACUGUUUGUGCUGUAACCCACAUGGAUCCAGGGUUUCAGACCCGAUCCCGGUGGUCUCAGACUCUUCGGCAGGCUGACGGGUCUGGUGAGGCUCCGUUUCAGGACUUCACCUGGCUGUGAGCCAGACUCCACUGAACGAACAAACGACAACAAUUUCAUCAGUCAUGGCUCAGGAAUGAUUCACACAAAACAAAACCGAGACCAGUCGGACUCAGGGACUUUCUGUCUGAGCUCCUCUGGAGUUUUGAGUACAUUUCGGCCGCCCCCUGAGGGAACCACAAAGCGGGAAGUCGUUUGUUGUAACACUCGCAGCGUCGCCAUCUUGACUGCGCAGUUAAAAAUCAAGCGGAGCCUGAGUGUUUUUCCUGUAGCUGUCGGUGUUAACGGCAGCAGCGAGUCUCAGCACUUUGUUCACGGCUCGCAGGAGCUUUAGCUUUAGCUUUAGUGUUUUGAUGUGAAUGAGUGACUUGUGCUGAUGGAAACUAAACACACGCUGCUGAGUUACGGAGAAAGAAGGAAUAAAAUGUGCGUGUGUUUACGUUCAGGUUCUCCGGACACAGACAAUCUGCCAACAGAUCAGCCUUUCCCAGAACAGGAACUGGGAAAGGCAGCAGGAACUGGUCUGAGGUCAGCCCUCCUGUGCUGCCACCUGCUGGCUGUUUCGUGUCACUGCAGCCACACGGAGCUUUACUGCAGGGAAAGUGACAGUGAAAUUUGGGAUGAAAAAAUUG